GUUUUUAAAUGUUCAUCACUUGUUUAAAAUCAGGCAGGGCUAUGGUGCUUUCCAGACACUCUAGGAGAGAAUUCCUUUCCUUGGUUUCCCAGCUUCUAGAGAUCACCGCAUUGUGGCUCACAAGCCCGCCCUCCCUCCUCAGAGCCAACAGCAUCGCACCUCCCCAACCCUUCUUCCACGGUCGUGUCCCCUCUGACUAAACCUGAGAAGGGGUCUCUGAUUUUCAGACCCUCCGAUUAGCUCAGACCCACCAGCACGAUCUCCCUUGGCCAAGGUCCUCAACUUGAUCACAUCUGCAGCCCUCUUGUCAAGCAGAGUACAUAUUGAAGGUCCCAGGCCUUUGGACACGCACAUCUUUGGAUGCUGCUGUUCUGUCUAGCAAGUCCAUUGAUGGAUCAGAGAUGGGAUUUGAGAUAAAGAAAAAUGAAGAAUACUACGUUCAGAUUUUGGGGUCUGAGCAGUUAAAAGGAAGAAGAUGAGCGGACCAGGUGUAUGGCUUUGGGGCAGAUGUCAGCGCUCAGCUUUGGUUUGCGUCUAGCUUUAUCGACCAUCACCGAAUGCACAGGAGAGCGCUGGAGCACAGCAGCCGACGCAGCGGAGAACAGAUGCAGACCAGGGGAAUUCAGCUGGCUGGGGCCUUGGCCUGCAGUCCCGCAGGCUGGGACGUCUGAGUUUGUGUGCGGAGACGGCUCUGUUUGCAGUGGGUUGUUGAAGGAGAAUGCUGGCGGCUUAAGCUCCCUUGGACAAGAUGGAAGCAGCAGCCCUGGAAUGUCCUAACUCUUCCUCCGAAAAACGCUAUUUCCCCGAGUCCCUGGAUUCCAGUGACGGGGAUGAGGAGGGAAUUCUGGCGUGUGAGGACUUGGAACUUAACCCUUUCGAUGGCUUGCCAUAUUCAUCACGUUACUAUAAACUUCUGAAAGAAAGAGAAGACCUCCCAAUAUGGAAGGAAAAAUACUCCUUUAUGGAGAAGCUGCUUCAAAGUCAAAUUGUGAUCGUUUCGGGAGACGCUAAGUGUGGCAAGAGCUCUCAGGUUCCGCAGUGGUGUGCCGAGUACUGCCUUUCCAUCCACUACCAGCACGGGGGCGUGGUGUGCACGCAGGUCCACAAGCCCACGGCGGUCCAGCUCGCCCUCCGCGUGGCAGACGAGAUGGAUGUUAACAUUGGUCAUGAAGUCGGCUACGUGAUUCCUUUUGAGAACUGCUGUACCAGUGAAACCAUCCUGAGGUACUGUACUGAUGAUAUGUUGCAAAGAGAAAUGAUGUCCAAUCCCUUUUUGGGCAGCUAUGGGGUCAUCAUCUUAGAUGAUGUUCAUGAAAGAAGCAUCGCAACUGACGUGUUACUUGGACUUCUUAAAGAUGUGUUACUAGCAAGACCGGAACUGAAGCUCAUAAUUAACUCCUCACCUCACCUGAUCAACAAACUCAGUUCUUACUAUGGAAACGUGCCUCUCAUCCAAGUGAAAAACAAGCACCCCGUGGAGGUUGUGUAUCUUAGUGGGGCUCAGAAGGAGUCUUUUGAGUCUAUUUUACGCCUUAUCUUUGAAAUUCACCACUCGGGUGAGAAGGGUGACAUCGUUGUCUUUCUGGCCUGUGAACAAGAUAUUGAAAAAGCCUAUGAAAUUGUCUGCCAAGAAGGAUCUAACUUAAACCCAGAUCUUGGAGAGCUGGUAGUUGUUCCUUUGUAUCCAAAAGAGAAAUGUGCACUGUUCAAGCCAAAUGACGAAACAGAAAAAAGAUGCCCAGUUUAUCAGAGACGAGUGGUGUUAACGGCUAGCUCCGGAGAAUCUCUGAUCUGCAGCAACACAGUCAAGUUUGUUAUUGAUGUGGGUGUGGAGAGAAGAAAGGUGUACAACCCCAGGAUCAGAGCAGACUCACUCGUCACGCAGCCCAUCAGCCAGAGCCAGGCCGAGACCCGCAAGCAGAUCCUCGGCGCCUCCCCCUCAGGAAAACUCUUCUGUCUGUACUCCGAAGAAUUUGCCUCCAGGGACAUGAGGCCGCUGAAGCCAGCAGAGAUGCAGGAAGCCAACCUCACGAGCAUGGUGCUCUUCAUGAAGAGAGUGGACAUCGCGGGCCUGGGCCACUGUGACUUCAUGAACAGACCCGCACCAGAGAGUCUGAUGCAGGCUUUGGAAGACUUAGAUUACCUGGCAGCACUGGACAAUGAUGGAAAUCUAUCUGAAUUCGGAAUCAUCAUGUCAGAGUUCCCUCUUGAUCCACAACUCUCCAAGUCCAUCUUAGCAUCCUGUGAAUUUGACUGUGUCGAUGAAAUGCUAACCAUCGCUGCCAUGGUGACAGCUCCUAAUUGUUUUUUGCACCUGCCCCGCGGAGCUGAGGAGGCCGCCCUGUCUUGCUGGAAGACGUUCUUACAUCCUGACGGAGAUCACUUCACCCUCAUCAACAUCUACAAGGCCUACCAGGACACGAUUCUGAACGCCGCCACUGAGCACUGUGUGGAAAAGUGGUGUCACGAUUACUUCCUCAACUGCUCAGCACUCAGGACGGCAGAGGUUAUCCGAGCUGAACUCUUAGAAAUCAUCAAGCGGAUCGAGCUUCCCUAUACAGAACCUGCCUUUGGCUCAAAGGAGAACACUCUGAACAUAAAGAAAGCUCUUCUGUCUGGUUAUUUUAUGCAGAUCGCUCGGGAUGUGGACGGGGCGGGCAACUACCUGAUGCUGACGCACAAGCAGGUCGCACAGCUGCACCCGCUGUCCUGUUACUCCGUCGCCAGCAAGAUGCCCGAGUGGGUUCUCUUCCAUAAAUUCAGCAUCGCUAACAACAACUACAUCAGGACCGCCUCCGAGAUCGCUCCUGAGCUAUUUAUGCAACUGGCACCACAAUACUAUUUCAGUAAUCUGCCUCCUAGUGAAAGUAAGGACAUUCUACAGCAAGUCAUGGAUCACCUAUCCCCUAUUUCAACAUCGAAAAAGGAGCAGAUGUGUGACAAGUGCCCUGAAACUACUGAGCAGAGAUGCAGUGUGCAGUGACGCUGCGGAGCGUCCUCGACGCCUGAUGUGCAAUACCCGCCCCACAGGCGGCGUGGCGGCCGGCCAGCGGGGCAGCGCGGACGAGGCGCCACAGCCCACACGGGGUCCUGAACGGAAGAACGUUCUGUGUGUUAUUUAAAAACUAAAAAUAGAAGUUUUUAUUGAGUUCUUUAAAUACUACCCCAUGUUUUUCUUCUUACUGGAAAAGUUUUUAAUCAACCAUUCUUAAUUUGACCAAAAUUUUAAAAAAGCAAAGGUAUUUUGUAAAUGUGUCGCAGACACGGGUGACAGAACCCUACUUUUUGAAUAAAGUCUGAAUAAAGUCA